UGCUGCUGCUGCUGCUGCUGCUACCUGUCGGCGCAUCCAGUCAAUCCCCCCGCUGCUACUGUGGGAAAAUCAGACGCCUCAAAAUGGAAGAGAGCAGAGCAGAGAAGGAAUGACAUCGUUUUGUCCAUAAAUGGCCAACCUGGCCUCUCUCUCUCUCUCGCCUUCUUCUUCUUCCUCUCCUCCACUCUCGGCUCCUUCCUUUACUCCUCCACUACUCCUCCCCACUCUUUUCUCUCCCUCUCUCCUUUGCCGCCCUCGGUAUUCUCAUUCACCCCCUAAAAGCCAUGAUCAUCACCGUCGCCAUCGCCCUCAACCUCGUCAAGGGCCUCUUCCUCGACUCACCCCCCGUCAUCGCCGCAACCCCCGCUCCCACCGCUCCUAGCCUCCAAAAGAACCAAGAUGCUCAGAAAGACAACCAGGGUAACCAAGACAACCAGGACAGCCAGGACAAGGAAGACAAGAGAGAUAAAAAGGACAAGAAGGACAAGAAAGACAAGAAGGACAAGAAGGACAAGAAGGACAAAUCAUCCCCACCUCAAGAAGACGAAGACGAAUCCAACAUUCCCUACAUUUCCGUCUCUGAUUGCCACGCUUGUCCGACUCCCUGUCCCGAACAGGACCACCCACACUACCCCUCCUACCUCAAGAUCGAUCACGAAACCCCACUCCUCCACUCCAUGCGUCCCUACACCCGUCACGUCCUCAUCUCCACUGGCAAAGAUGACUGGACCUCCAGCAUCGACGAGGACAAGGAAUCUCUGGCGCCGUAUCUGCAAAAGGCUAUCGACGAAGGUCAGGAGCGUCUAAAGGCCGAGAACGGAGGAAAGGAUUUACCAAGGAUCGUGUUGACGAAUUCUUCGAGAAGGAGUGAAUCCUGGGAGGGGCCCGGUUGGCAGGUCAUUAUCUUGCCGGAUCAUAUUGUCGUCAAUAACGUUACCGAGGACCAAUGUGACGAUUUCUUCGAGGCCUUUCUCAAACCCGCCGUCGGAACCGUGGACGAGGGACAUCAUGAAGGACACGGACAACAGCACCCCCAGGACCUGUCUGUCGAAAAGGAUUCGGAUCAAGGGGUCGACCCUCAGAACGAGGGUUCAGCUCGCAUGAACCGAUCCACCUCAACCUCGACCUCGACCUCCGGAACCAAGACCACUACCACCACCACCACCACCACUACCACAGCAACAAUCACCUCCUCUUCAUCGUCGUCGUCCGGUAGUCACGACUUUCAUCACUCCCACACAGAUCAAUCCCGCGAGGUUACUGCCGGCAAGACCACAUUUAUCGCGCACCGGUGGCAACCCAAGGCCGCCAUCAUGAUCUGCUCCCACCGAAAGCGCGACAAGCGCUGUGGUGUCACCGCUCCGAUCCUCAACAAGGAGUUCAAGCGGAUCUUGCGGUCCAAGGAUAUCUUUGGCGAUGGAGAGGGCGAUGUUGAGAUCUGGUUGGUCUCUCAUAUUGGAGGACACAAGUUUGCGGGCAACGUCAUUGUUCACAAGAGCGAGGGCAUGGCCGUCUGGUACGGUCGUGUGGAACCUUGUCAUGCCGAGGCCAUUGUUGAGAGGACGAUCGAGAAGAGUGAAGUCAUCCGGGAGUUGUACCGUGGAGCCAUGGUCGGUAGCUUUAACCACUCGAAGAAGAAGAUCGCCUGGUGAACGUACAUCAGAAUAUGUGUACAUGUAUGUGUGUAUGUGUGAUUCUUCUUUCACACAUUCAUACAAGUAGAAGGAAGCAUCCAUCGAAUUAUU